GUUGCAAUUUGAAACACCCAACGAAGCAGGUGAUGGAAUACGCGCAAUAAACGUGUGGAUUUUUAUUUUAAUUUCAAACGCCUAAAACGUCUCUUAAACGUGCAAUAACGUAGUUUUUUCCUAUUAGUGGCGUUUUCGUUUUUCUUUUUUGAUUUUUUAUAUGAAUUUUUGUUUCACAACAACAGUUUACACUUUGAAAAUUACAAAGGAAAUUAAAGAAAAAAGCUAAACCAAAAGGAUUGCCAAGAAAAGAGCAUAGAAAAAUUUGUGUUAAUAAGAAAAAGAUUUUGCGAAAAGCAACAUAAAGUGAGUGAGUAAUUGUUUAAUAACAUGAAAAUUAUGUGUUUUUCUUAAAAAAGUGCUUUUUUUUCUGGUGAUGAUUAAGAAUCAAAUAAAAUAAAGUGGAAAAAACAACAAAAAUUAAACAUCUAGUGUUAAUUUUUAUAUGUCAAAAUCUUAUUUCUUCACCAUUUAAGAGGUUUGCUGCUGUCAAACACCAACAAACAAACAUUUGUAAAGUUUAUGUGAUAAAAAAAGAGAGAUAAUUUUCAUAUUUACAACAAGAGAGCUGCUAAAAAGAGAGCCGUAGUGCGGACAAUAAAAUGAGGCCGUUAUACUAAACAAAAAACAACAACAAACUAACAGCGAAUUGCAUUUGCAAAAGAAAAAUAACAAAAUCAGCUGUAAAAAAUUUAAUUGUGAACAAAGUUUGUUGGAAAAUUGUUAAGAAAUUUAUAAAUCUAUGGCAGAAAUAACAAAUUAUUAUAAAAUUAAUAUAAACAAUUGAUAAAGUGUUAAACAAUUCUUUAAAAUAAAAGAAAUCUUGUUAAACUUGUUUUGCUUUUUCAUUCUUUCUUUUUUGUUCAUUGCUUUAACUAAAGAAUUCUUUAAAUGUUUGUUUAAAUUAAAAAACAGCUAAAAAAAUUUGUGUAAAUUCCUUAAAAUAAUUAAAAUAAAAGAAAUAAUUUCUUUAAUAAAGAGUUUCUCUUGUUUAAUUAUUGCUUUAAAACAAGUUUCUUUUAAGUUUUCUUUUUCAACAUUUCUGCGCAAAAAUAACAAAAAAAGAAGUCAAAAUAUAAAGCAAAAUAUAAAAAUUAUCAUAAAUAUAACAAAAAAUAAAAAAAACUAAUAAAAACAACAAAACCUCUCUGACCCCUUGGAGAAAAAAAAACACAACUACAAUAAGCAGCAAAACCUCGGGAAAGGAAAACUAUCAGCAGCACCACCAAAAACAACAAUUUUAAUACCAUUCCAAGCUGUACUCCAUCAACAACAAAUCUUAUUAUAAACAACUAAAAUUUUGUUUGUUAUUAGUUUUGCCUUAACUCACCUCGUGUUUAUAUUAUUUUUUUUGCUGUUUUUUUUUUUUUUUUUGAUAAUUUUUGGUUGUGUUUUCUGUUGUUGUUUUUUUGUGAAUACUCUUCAUCUACUCUACUCAAAACUCAAGUGUGAUUUCCGGUUGAUAUACAACAAAUUUGAUAUCAAUGCUCUUAUUGAAGACGUGUUUUAGCAAAAUUUCUUAAAACAUUUGUGGUGUUUGUAUAUUAUUUCUUCUUUAGACUGUUUUUCGAACAUAAAAGUUUCUUCCUUUACCAGGUUUUGAACUUAAAUUCAAAACAAAAACGAACAGAAUCGCAAUAUUUUCUCAAAGCUAAAUAUUUAAAUAAACAGCUUCAAGAUUCCUUACACUAAAUUGAAUACACCAGACACAAAAGAAAACGCAUUUAAAAUGCGUUUCGAACCAUUGGGACAGAAAAUGUUUACACGACGCAAUUGGCUGCUAAGAUGCAGUAUAUUAAUAAAUAUUGCUGUGAUUUUAUACAUAUGCAGUCAUGUAAUGAUUGGCAAUAGAUAUACCUUUACGACUGGCUCACAAUUAUUUAUACAGGAACAGCAGACACAAAGUCAGCAAGCGCAGCAGGGUAUGGUGAGAGAAACCUUAGGGAAGAGUGAGCAAUUAACAUAUAAUGGUGAAGACAAAGUAGCAGCUCCACCUGACCAUCCAGCACCACCACAUGGUGACAGUGGUGGCGGCGACGGCGUUGGUGGCGCUGCAAUCUUAAAUACACAGCUUUCCAAUAAAGAUGCUGAGGCACCAGAAAUGGAUCCCAAUAUAGGAGAUCCGGCAGCAGUUAUUGGUAAUAUUGCUCCUGGAGGCAAUAGCUAUCUAAAUAAUACACAAAGUGAGACGGCUGGUAGUUACAUUGUCACCGGUGAUGAAAAAGACUUUGAUGAACGUUUGCGUAGCCUCUUGAAGUGCUAUGACAAAUCUUACGAACCCGAAACUCUACAACGUGGAGAUUUUUGGGUGUUGAAAAAUUAUGUUCGUGCCGAACAUGGUGAACUCAAGUGCCAUGAAUCUAUAACCUAUACAACACAUGCAGAUUAUUCAUUUUUAGAUAAUUUAAUACCACUAUUAGAAAGAUGGAAUGCUCCUAUUAGCAUAGCUAUGCAUGCACCCGGUACUGACUUCCAACCCACUUUAGAUUCCAUCAAAUAUUUAAGAGACUGUUUACCUGAAAGUAAUCUGGUGCGCUCCUAUGCCACAUUUCACUUUUACUUUAGCACUAAACAUAUCCCCAAAACAAUACCCAAACCAUCAGAUGCUUUAAAAAUGGGCUAUAAUUGUUCACUGCCCGCUCCUUAUGUUAAUGUGACGUCGGGCCAUUUGUAUAAGGCCCAAAAGAAACUUUUGUAUCCGGUUAAUGUGGGUCGUAAUAUAGCCAGAGAUGCUGCUAUAACUCACUUUAUUUUGGCCUCGGACAUUGAAUUGUAUCCAAAUCCAGGUUUGGUGAAAAAAUUCUUAGAAAUGAUUGCGAGAAAUGAACAGUAUUUGCAGAGGAAGUCACCACGUGUUUUUCCCCUGUCUAUUUUCGAGGUGGACGAAAGUAGUCCAGUGCCACGGGAUAAAACCGAGUUGCAAGAGUUCCUGCGCAGUGGCAAAGCCAUACCCUUCCACAAACGUGUAUGUGCCAGUUGUCAUGGUGUGCCAAAAUCCAAAGAAUGGAUGGCCGCCAAUGAAACAGACGAGUUAAGUGUAUUCCAUAUUGGAAAAAGAACGGGUUAUUUUGUACAUUGGGAACCCAUUUAUAUAGGCACCAAUGCAGAGCCUCACUACGAUGAGCGUUUAAGUUGGGAGGGUAAAAGUGAUAAAAUGACACAGGGCUAUGCCUUAUGUGUUUUAGACUAUGAAUUUCACAUAUUGGACAAUGCCUUUUUGGUUCAUAAACCGGGCAUUAAGGUCUUAAAGAAAGACACUAGACGCGCUAUGCUGGCGGGCAAAACAAAUCAACUGAUACGUAAAAUUAUCUAUCCGGAAUUGAAAAUUAUGUAUGGUACACGUAAUGGCUGCGCUGUAUAGUGGUUA